GCAUCUUGGGAAGAAAUUUGUUGCAAUCAUGGCGGCCGCUGUGAUUCGAGCGUUGUCCUUCAGUAAAACGACGAAGGCGUUAGUUUCUCCUUCGAGGCUUUCUACUGUGCCCGUACAACGUUACAGUGUGGAAGUUUCCAGCACCGGCGAGGCCAUUACACACACUGGACAGGUGUUUGAUGCAAAAGACCCAAGGAGGGUCAGAUUCGUUGGCAAACAGAAAGAGGUCAAUACGAACUGGGCCAUCAAGUUGGUGGCUGAGGAAAGUGUGACUGAUGUCGAGGCCCGUGUCGUGUCCUGUGAUGGCGGCGGUGGAGCACUCGGUCACCCCAAAGUCUAUAUUAACCUGGAUAAAGACACAAAAGUGGGCACAUGUGGCUACUGUGGAUUACAAUUCAAGCAGAAGCACCAUCACUGAAUUAGCGCUUGUCCCUUUGCUUCACUGUGUAACUUGCAGUAAUAGUUAAUAAAUUAUAAUCUACGUUCAU